AUUGUUCGUCUCGAACAUGCGCUUCAGGUGUAGAAACGCGCUGAGAUAGUCGGUGUUGCAGACGAAUGUCACCGGCUUUGUCUCUGCUGCAUGCCGUUUAAAGGGAACUGCCCCUUUAACCGCGUGGCCGUACUGCUCAUGCUCGGGGCUUUGUGCUGGAGUUUCCCCCUGUCAGAAACCAGCUGUGUGGACUGAAGAGCGAGAGCAGCAGGCAGGAGAAAGAAGCAGAAGAAGCGACGAUCCGGGGGGAGCUGCGGCUGUCGCAUCCUCGGAGGAGAACAAACCCGGGCAGAGGGGAGGGCGCGUCUUUGUCUGGGAACACAUCCAGCAGGAGAGAAGCGCACGGUCGUCUGAGCUCCGUGGUUUGAUUUUAUCUCCUGGAUUACAGCUUUUCCCCGCUGAGAGAGCAUCAUCCGGUCACGAUCGCUUGUAUUCAUUGGAAACUGCACACUGGAAGUUAUCUGGAAGAGUUGCUUGGACGCGCGUAAGGGGGCUUUCGAUGUGAAAGUGGAUGAAUACGAGAGGAAAUGCGUUCACGGGCUUUUUAACGUCGGAGCAGUUUCCAUCAAAGUUUCACCUCUUUGUCCCGUCCCGCAGCUUCUCUCCUGCAGCUCGGCAUGUUCUGACAGCGUAACUGCUGUUUUCCUGCGCCUUUCCCACAGGCGUCACAGGUAAGCUGCUUGAGCCAAGUGACACCUCAGCUCACGACAACACAUCACCUCACAGCCUAACGUGACGGCUCGCUUUCUCUCAGCUUGCAGCCUCCGAAAAAACAAGUCUACCCGCGUCCAUCAUGGUCCUUGUUAGCGGGACACGUCUGCUCACCUGGACCAGGUCUUCACAGAGCAGGUCCCGGGAAGUGUUGAAAAUAUACCUGGGAAUACUGAUGAUGCUUCAUCUCGUGGUCCACGCGGAAGCCUCCUCGGUGUCCAAGUCUUGUGACAAAAGCUGUUUUUCAGGGAAGUGUAUUAACGGGACCUGCGUGUGUGACCACGGCUGGGUCGGGGAUCAGUGCCAGCACUGUCAGGGAAGAUUCAAGUUAACAGACCUGUCAGGCUCUCUCACAGAUGGUCCAUUCAACUAUAAGUACAAGACCAAGUGCACUUGGUUAAUAGAAGGAUUCCCCAACGCUGUACUCAGGCUUCGCUUCAAUCACUUUGCCACAGAGUGCAGCUGGGACCACAUGUACGUCUAUGAUGGAGACUCCAUUUACGCCCCUUUGAUUGCUGUCUUCAGCGGUCUAGUGGUGCCAGAGACCAGAGGUAAUGAGACAGUUCCUGAGGUUGUGACAACGUCCGGCUACGCUCUGCUUCACUUCUUUAGUGACGCUGCCUACAACUUGACUGGUUUCAGCAUCGCCUACUCGAUAAACUCUUGCCCCAACAACUGUUCGGGCCACGGCAGAUGCAGCACUGCGAACUCGGUCGCAGGACGUGUGUACUGUGAGUGCGAGGAGUACUGGAAGGGGGACGCAUGCGACAUCCCUUACUGCAGAGACAACUGUGGCAGCCCAGAUCACGGCUACUGUGACCUGACCGGGGAGAAGCUGUGUGUCUGCAACGACAGCUGGCAAGGUCCAGACUGCUCCCUUUCCGUUCCCUCCACUGAGGCUUUCUGGGUGCUGCCCAGCAUUAAACCAUCUGCUCAGUCUCUGGGUCGAGCGUCCCACCGGGCUCUGGUGCAUUCUGGGUUGAUGUGGGUGGUGGGAGGUUACUCCUUCAACUACUCCAACUACCAAAUGGUCCUCAACUACAACCUAGAGACCAGCACGUGGGAUGUGGUGCCUGUCAGCAGCGGCCCUCUCUACAGAUACGGACACUCACUGGCUCUGCAUCAGGAUGACAUCUACAUGUUUGGCGGGAAGUUGGAAGCAGGUCCUGCUAAUGUGACAGAUGAGAUGUGGGUGUUCAACAUCCCCAGGCGUACCUGGUCGUUACGGAAACCAGUCCCGCCACCUCCUUAUCCUCAGCUUCUGACCCCCUCUGUCAUCUCUUCCCCCUCUGUCCACAUCACUGUGCGCUCCUCUGCCUCACCUUCUUCAUUCCUUAUCUCCACUCAAACAUCUAUCACUUUCAUCUUCACCCACCUCCAUCGAUUCCCUCCUUCCUCUUUCUCUGACAGUGUCACAACGUGUGUGGUCGGCUGGUCUAACUCGUGGCAGGUUGUGUCUUCCGGAGGUGCAGUGGUCCAGGGAGGUUACGGUCACAGCAGCGUGUAUGAUGAAGCCAGUGGCUGUGUGUUUGUCCACGGGGGAUACAAGGCACUAAAUAACAACAAAUACGGCCUGGUGGACCACAUGUACCGCUACCACGUCCACACAAGAACAUGGUUAAUCCUCAAGGAGAGUGGUUUGGCACGGUACCUCCACUCGGUGGUGCUGCUGAGUGGCACAAUGCUGGUUUUUGGGGGAAACACUCACAAUGACACAUCUCUGAGCAACGGAGCCAAGUGUUUCUCUGCAGACUUUCUGGCUUAUGAUAUUGCUUGUGAUGAGUGGACUGUCCUUCCCAGACCAGGCCUGCACCGGGACAUCAACCGCUUUGGACACUCUGCUGUGGUUAGCAACGGCUCCAUGUACAUCUUUGGAGGCUUUUCUGGUAUGCUUCUGAACGACGUGCUGGCUUACACGCCUCCAUCCUGCCAGGCCUUCUCUAGCCCAGGUUUGUGCGCCACUGCCGGGCCAGGUGUUCGUUGUCACUGGGUGAAAAGUAGAUGUGUCCCCUGGAAGCCAACACCACCCGACCACAUUUUUCCUGCUCCUUUCUGCCCCGCUCGGCCUGACAGUACAGAUGAGCAGUGUUUCCGCUUCUCAGACUGUGCGAGCUGCACUGCCAACACAAGAGGAUGUCAGUGGUGUGAGGACAGGAAGUGCAUAUCUGCCUCAAGCAACUGCACUGUGACGGUAAGAGACUCAUCCAGGUGUAAGCGCAGGGAAGAGCUGGAGUGUUUCAGGCUGGCCAGCUGCAGGAGCUGCUUGCUGAACGUCAACUGCCAGUGGGAGCCACAGCAGCAGGAGUGUCAGGCGUUGCCUGGCCAGCUGUGUGGGGAUGGCUGGCACCAGGUUGGCGAGGUCUGCCUGAGGAUCAACUCCAGCAGAGAGAGCUAUGACAAUGCCCAGCAUUAUUGCAAAAACCUUGGAGGAAAUAUUGCUUCUUUGUUGACAGACAAACAGGUCAAUUUUGUUCUGGAAGAGCUACAAAAGUAUCAGCUACAAGACAAGAUGUUAUCUCCAUGGGUUGGCCUGAGGAAGAUUAAUGUGUCGUACUGGGGCUGGGAGGAUGCAUCCCCCUUCACCAACACCACCCUGCGAUGGUCACCUGGAGAGCCCAGUGACUCAGGCUUUUGUGCUUACUUGGAACAAGCUCAAAUGGCUGGUCUUAAGGCCAACCCCUGCACUGCCACCACUGAUGGCCUGAUCUGUGAAAAACCUGCUGGGAGUCCCCAGAGUCAGAGUGCUCGUCCCUGUAAGACACCUUGUGCUCUGCGCACCAGCUGUGCCAACUGCACCAGCCAGGCCAUGGAGUGCAUGUGGUGUGGACGUACUCAGCGCUGUGUAGACUCCUCUGCGUAUGUCAUUUCCUUCCCCUACGGCCAGUGUCUGGAGUGGCAGACCCAGGAUUGUACUGCCCAAAACUGUUCAGGUCUGAGGACGUGUGCCGAGUGUCUGGAGAGGGUGGAGUGUGGUUGGUGCGGUGAUCCCAGUAACACCGGUAGGGGCGUUUGCAUGGAGGGCUCCUACAGAGGCCCUCUAAAGCCUGUGACCGCAAAGGCAGGGCCCAGAGACCGGGAUAAACUGCGAGACAGGGACACGGUGGUGGAUCAGGGUAUCUGUUCAUCAGACAGAGGCUACAACUGGGCUUUUAUCCAGUGCCCCGCAUGCCAAUGUAACGGUCACAGCAGGUGUGUGAACGGCAGCGUAUGCGAACACUGCGGAAACCUGACAGCAGGGACGCACUGCCAGAGCUGCAUGCCUGGUUACUAUGGCGACCCCACCAAUGGAGGGAAGUGUAAUGCAUGCAAGUGUAACAGCCAUGCCAACGUUUGCCACGUCAACACAGGAAAGUGCUUCUGUACCACCAAGGGCGUCAAGGGAGACCAGUGUCAGCUAUGUGACUCAGAGAACCGUUACCUUGGUAACCCCCUUCGAGGAACCUGUUAUUAUAACCUGUUGAUCGAUUACCAGUUUACCUUCAGUCUGCUUCAGGAAGAUGACCGCUACUACACUGCCAUCAACUUUAUGGCAACACCUGAACAGGCCAACAAAAACCUGGAUAUGUCCAUCAACGCCUCAAACAACUUUAACCUGAACAUCACCUGGUCCUUAAGUUCAACCGCUGGAACCAUCUCAGGUGAGGAGAUGCCCAUCAUAGCGAGGAUGAACAUUAAAGAGCACCGUGACAGUUUCUCGAGUGAAAAGUUUAACUUCAGACUUCACCACAACAUCACCUUCUACGUGUAUGUGUCCAACUUCAGCUGGCCAAUCAAGAUCCAGAUUGCUUUCUCUCAGCACAACAGCAUCAUGGACCUGGUGCAGUUCUUCGUUACCUUCUUCAGCUGUUUCCUGUCGCUGUUGCUGGUGGCUGCUGUAGUUUGGAAAAUCAAACAGACCUGCUGGGCCUCACGGCGUAGAGAGCAGCUGAUGAGAGAGCGACAGCAGAUGGCCAGUCGUCCCUUCGCCUCGGUCACUGUAGCACUGGAGGUUGGUGAUGACCAAGAGGAGCUGCUACAGGCAGUGCCGAAGCCCAUAGCCAUGGAGCCAUGCUGGGGAAGCAGAGCAGGUGUUCUCACAGUGCUACUGUACCUGCCCAGAAUCCCAUCUGGAAUACCUCCACCUGGACAGUCUGGUAUCGCCAUAGCCAGUGCUCUGGUCGACACGUCACAGCAGCGAGUGAUGGACUUAAAAGAAAGAACCCUGGGUCUGAAGCACCGCAAACACAUUGUGCACCAUCAAGGGACCUGUGUAUGAACUAUGUGCCCUCAACGAGGUACCACCGCAUCCAAAACGUCCAAAGGGGAAUUUCACUGGACACACUAUUUUUGACUUUAGACACAAUGGAGAAUUGUGAACACAAAGGCAAAGCCUGCAAAAAAAUAGGGUUGGAUGAUCCUUGACCUUAAAGUGGUUUGGAAAGAGGACGGAUAUGGAUUGAAGCAUACAGAUGGGGCGAAACUACUCUCUUCACAGGCACCCAAAAGGGGUAAAUGGUACUUGUAGUCUUAUUCUUCCUUGGACCAGAUACAAGGUUUUUGUCAUUGUCCCUCGUCUGUAUAUUUUCAGAGAAGUACUUGCAAAGUGAGAAUGUCUCUCCACCACAGCUUUCUUUGAAAUGUGCCACGAGGAGCUGGCAGACCUUUUCCAUUUUCAUGCCAUGUGGUUUUGUCUCUCCCGGGUUCUACAGUCUGCCAUAUUGACAGAGAAAAUAAAAUAGAACUUGUUUUUCACCAAACAAAACUAAUAGACUUUGACCUCCAGUCAAAAGAUAUUGAUAGUUGAUAUAAAGUCCUCCUGAUUUACAAACCCAAUGAGACUCAGGAGCAAAACCAGUAAAGAAGAACACCGAUUUAACUAGAUAAUUGCAAAAGUCUUUAGUUGGCGGAGGUCUAUUACAAUGAUUCACUAGAGGAAAAAGUUUCAUUUGCUAAUUUUGAAGUUGUGAAUUCAAAGAACUGCAUUUUUGCUAUGAAGCUCAUUGGAUGCAAGUUAAAAAAAAGUGUUUUAUGAAAUAUGUGUGGUUUGUUUUUCCCUACACAGUUGAAGUUAUAGGUUUUAAUAUCUGCUCAGGUCCUCUGUGAUGAAAAAGGUCCAUUAUCUGUAGCUCUGGGCCUUAUAUACACACAUUUGUAUAUGCACUAUAAGUGAAAUGCUUUACCCGUACAUUAGAACCCUCUGUGGAAUUUUAUUAUGCAACUGAUCUUCCAAACAUGAUGUUUAUUCUGGGCUGCGAUGUAACCUCAAGGUCGGUAUCACACACAAACUACUGAUGGUGUUCAUAUGCCUUUUUUAUUUUUUCAUUACUGUGAAGCUACCAUAUACAUCCUCCCUCGUGAUAUUUCAAGUCUGUUUAUCCGUAACACAAACUUUAAUAUAACACAUCUCAGUAUAUAUUAUUUAUUAAAAAUGCAAAAUGCGGUUUAACAUUUUUUAAUUAACUCACAAAUGUUUGUUUUUGUUUUCUUUUUUUAAACAGAAACUGUAGAUAAUUAAUUUUAUAAAGGAAGUCUGUGCAGUAAUCACAUUUCUUUGCUUGUGCCCUCAGUGUCUUUAUUCAUUUCUAACUCUUUAUUUUGUACAUCACAGAACGUUUCAAUGUGAUGUUAGGAUGCUUUCCCUUUAUCUCUCAUAUCAAACCUCCAUUUAAUGUUGUAAAGUCACCUUUAUCAGCUGCACUGCAUACACAGUAACAUGAUGUCUUUGAUGCACAUGUAUUACCUACUGUUUUCUUUCAGGCAUUUUGAUGUAAUUUUGCACCAAUUUGUUGCUGAGAUUUGGAUUUACAAAGGGCAGCUCACCACCAUGUAUUUGUCCAUAUGAGCAUUAAAUCUGCACAUUUACAAUUUAAAAAGAAUAAAUGCUUCUUUGUGUUGAUAUUCAGUCUGAAACUGUGUGUACUGUUACCUCUGGUGUUGGGAAACCGCAUUGAUUGGUGUUCUCAGGAUGUCAGUCAGGUCAAAUGACAAGAUCAGCCAGAACUACAGACAGUGUCAUCCAACACUGUUUCUAGAGUUACAUAACGACUCUCACAGCAUCCUGUGAAACAGAGUAAAGUUAACGUUACUUUAAACGUAAUGUAUCGCAGAAAGAUGGUGUUGAAUUUCCACAAUUUCCAUGUGCUAUCAACAUCCUAGGUAUCUAAAGCACCCCUGCGUUACUAAUAUGUACCAAAUCUAAUUAUUAAAGGCUUCGUUAAGUUAGAACUGCUUUUUAUAAAGUGGAUUCCACUGGUGUACCUAAUAUAGUGGCCACUGAAUUGUAUCCUGUUCACUUUCUGUUCUCUGUCUCUGUUUUAUAAUGUCCCUGGUUACAACCAUCACUGCCUCCUAUUUGUCAUAAUGUGUGUGCAAAGGGGGGACAUCGAGAACAAGCACUUCCAUUACAUUUCUCACCAUACAAGCCAAAUGACCUGUUUAAUAUACAAAUUAAACAAUAACUGCAUUCCAUCCAUGUGUACCUCCCUGCCAGAGCAUCACAGUAAGAUGUUGUUUAAUAAAACCUGGAUAUGGCUCAACAUUUGUACAAAUACUAUCGUUUUAAAAUAAAUCCAUGUCUCCUUCUG